UGCAAUACCUCGCACCAUACAUUAUCUUUUGUCAAAGGUUAUCUUUUGCCAAAAUGAUUCGUACCAUAAUUAUCUUACGAUGAAGGACUAUUUAUCUAGAGCAAGAAGGUUGAAAUAAAAAGAAGGCAAUGGAGAAAAAGGACCAGAAGCGGUAUGUGCUUGUCCAUGGUAUCUGCCACGGCGCAUGGUGCUGGUACAAGGUGAAACCGGUUCUCGAGGCUGCAGGUCACAUUGUGACAGCAGUAGACCUAGCUGCGUCGGGCAUAAACACAACCAGAUUGGAAGAGAUUCAAACACUAGAGGAUUACUGCAAACCGUUGCUUGAUGUUCUGAGCUCGCCUGAUGAAGAUAAGGUGGUUCUCGUUGCUCAUAGCAUGGGAGGAAUAUGCGCAGCGUUUGCAGCUGACACCUUCCCUCAUAAGAUCGCUGCUAUGGUCUUUGUGACAUCCUUCAUGCCUGACACAACAAAUCCACCUGCUUAUGUUCUCAAAAAUAUGGCGAGCAUGUCACCGGAAGAUUGGUUGGAUACCGUGCUGGGAAGCUAUGGGAGACCUGAUCAUCCGUUACAGUCUGCUCUCUUUGGACCAAAGUUCUUGGCCAAGAAUUUGUAUCAACUUUCACCAGUCGAGGAUCUUGAAUUGGCGAAAAUGCUGGUGAGGGUAAACCCAUCAGUUACGGACAACCUGGCAGGGACAGGAAGCUUCACUGAGGAAGGGUACGGAUCUGUUACGCGUAUCUACAUCACAUGCGGAAAGGAUAAUGUGAUACAUAAUGAUUACCAGCGUUGGAUGAUCAACAACUUUCCGGUAAAAGAAGUAAUGGAAAUCAAAGCUGCGGAUCAUAUGCCAAUGAACUCCAAGCCUCGAGAACUCUGUGCUCGUCUCUUGGAGAUUGCACAAAGAUAUGCAUGAAUAAUAUAAAACAUGAGAUUGUCACCGCAACAUAAGCUUCUUCUUCUUCUUCUUCUUCUUCUUCUUCUUCUUCUUCUUCUUCUUCUUCUUCUUCUUCUUCUUCUUCUUCUUCUUCUUCUUGGAUAAUUCUCUCAAUGCAGAGUGGACAUUUGAUA